GCAGUCAAUCGAACAAGAAACCAUGACAUACACAAUCUCAGUGCGCGUCCAAAGCGAUACCCGUGUCCAGCUCGUCGAGAGCUCGGUCUGGCACUACGCCAACGGCGGCACGUGGAACUUCAGCGCGGCCCCGGACUCGUUUGUCCUCACUAUGGCCGGCAGCGGCACGUCGGGCAUGCUCCGCUUCCAGCUGCCCUCAGGGGAGUUAUUCGCCAUUGCAGUCGGCAUACACAACUACGCGCCUUGGAGCGGCGUUGCAGUUGACAUCGGCCCAAGCGACACGCUCCAAGUCGUUCACAAGGAGUUCUACGCCGGCGGCCCAAGGUCGAGCCCGACUCUCAAGGAUUCAGUGGGUAACAGCAAGUCAGGGCUGUCUGCUGGCGUCCUCUAUAACGACACAGAGAGCAACGACAAGUCGUACAAGGCUGUUAUCGCCAUUGUCAUUUAGCUAAACGCGUCCUUGUGGCGAGAACGAUAUCGUGAUGACGAUGUUGAUCCCUAACACAACACGAUACUGGCAUAAAUAUUCUCACCAUCUCUCGUAUUCAGACCCUCGUCAGCAAACGGCUUACAUAUUUUGUCAUCAAGAUGCGAUUUGAAGUCUGACUGUACCCGUCCAUCUUAAGGCAACAUCGCCGCUCGGAAGAGGGGUCACGGUUGGCAGUACAAAGCAGGUAGUAUAAUGACACUUGUAAGAAAUUGAGAAGAUUAUAAGGUUUGAGAUCGGGCGAAACACGCACUACUACAAGUACGAAUAAACUUGCGUCCUUUGAAUCACUAAUUCACUAUCAAUGAAGCCCAACUAGGGUGGCGUAAUACCUUCACGUCGCCGCAUCCGCAUCAAAAUGAUAAGAGGCGGCUUCGCUCCGCUACGCGAUUAAUGUUCCCUCGGAAGCUGUUUUCGUGGCUGCCGUUUCCGCGACUGGUGCCUUCGUGGCUGGAAUUCACUUGGCUACGAGCCGCAGCACUUCCUGUGAUGCUCACAGGCUAGUGCGACCGACAUGAGUCCUGGAAAGAGACAUUGAAGCUAACAGCACGAGCCUGGAACACUGCAACCUGAGAAUAUCGUGAAGGAUGCGGAGCUGGAAGGACUCUGAACGUAGCCUCCGGUGGCUCGCUUCGACGCGUUGCUGGAGAGGAUCAAAAUCCCUGACACUGCUACCAGUGGGAUAAGCAAGGACAUGAAAGCGAUCCGUUUGAUCAUGAUCAAAUAAAGAGGUCAGUGGGGUGAAUGUAACGCAACACAGUGGUAUUUAUCCUGUCAUGAUGGAACAGCGGGAUUGUUCAGGUUGUUUGGCGUCACCUUGAGGUCAAGACU